AUGACGAUCGAUAUCUCAGAUGGAGGUGCCAUCGAUGAUAGCACCACAGAACUCAAGACCAAGGAUAUCCAGUAUGAGCCUGUAGGCACCCUAUGUGAUUUCCGCACCCUCUACCAAACAAAUCCCAAUGGAUUUGGUGAACGGGCAUGGAGCAGAGAAGUACCCACCGACUUGCCCGAUCCCGUCGAGGAUGCAGAGUCAGCACAAUACGCACUGAUCGUGAGAAAAAGAAAGUGCUAUGAUGGACGCAGGAGCUUGUCGAUCUAUUCCAUCUUAGUACAAAGCGAGCGUCUCAAGGAAUUCUUGGAAAGGGCACUGAAGGAUUAUCCUGGUGUCACAGCGACCUUGCAGCGCCUCGAGAUCAAAUCCCCUUUCCGGCCUUUUGUUCAUCGAUGGGAAGCAAUCACCAAACUGCGAGAUGAGGAGCAGGAUCCAACAACCAAGGCCCAUGUGGAUAUGUUCUACCGCAUCAUGGACGAGGAGCUCAGGGAUGUCAUUGACCGCAAGAACGACCUCGUUGCCAAAGGUGUCAUCACUCACGAGUUGGCUUGGACGAUCCUGGAGCCGCAGGACGUGGUCCUUUCCGCAGAGGAUGGAGUACGUGCAUAUUUAUUCACGCAGGCAUCCUCGGAAGGUGAACCAUCGCAGAAUGAUACAUUCGAAGUUGAAUACGUCGAGUUCGACGGAAGCAAGUUCGGAUACAAUUACACGUGGCUCACGAUACCCAGCUUUCCGGGCACUGUACCAAUUACCUCAUUGCCUAUCUUUCCACUCAAAUACCACCCAGAGAAGGAUACUAUCCAAGAGUCGUUGACUAAACGGGGCAAGGAGUGGGAAGCUUACAAGGGGUACCAUUUCAAAUCCUAUGAAGGGGCUUCGACCAGCAAAAACUCCAAAGAUCGGGAUAGUAAUUUGAAGAACACCAAAUACCGUGUCAACAGUCGCGUCAUCAUCGACACCGAGGCAUACAACCGUUUUGGGUCGACGGGGUCAGUUCACGUUUACAGGGAGAUUGAAAGAGAACUAGACGAUGCGCAGCGCCUGAUUGCAACCCCAAUGCUCUAUGGAUACUCUCUGAAUGACAAGGAAUGGUGUUCGUUCCAUGUGGGCCAUUUGAAAGACAUUGAGUGGAAUGAGCAGGCCUUUGGUUCCCUAGUCCUGCCGCGGGAGCAGCAGGGGCUCAAGGAAGUGAUCUUGGCUGUUGCAAAGGCUCAAUCCAAGAAUGUGGAUGGAUUUGACGAUGUCGUUCGAGGCAAAGGCCAAGGGUUCAUUAUGCAGCUUAGCGGUCCUCCGGGGGUCGGAAAGACCCUUACGGCGGAAAGCGUUGCUGAGGUCAUGAGGGUUCCUCUAUAUGUCAUGAGUGCUGGCGACCUUGGAGUUGACGCUAGAGGGUUCGAAACAAAAUUGAAAGGCAUCCUGCAACUGAUUCCCAAGUGGGGAGCUAUGCUGUUGCUUGAUGAGGCCGAUGUCUUCAUGGAAGCCCGUGAUUCAACCAAUCUUGCACGCAACGAACUUGUCUCAAUCUUCUUGAGAAUGCUUGAAUACUACGAGGGUAUUCUCUUCUUGACCACCAACCGCACACAGAAUAUCGAUCCUGCCUUCGAGUCUCGGAUCCAUCUUUCCCUCGCCUACAAGGAGCUCGAUACGGAAUCCAGGCGCCAAGUUUGGGCCCAGUUCCUGAGCCGCUCAAUGAACAUUGAGUCCUUCACGGAUGAGCAACUUGACCAGGUGGCCGAGUUGCAAUUGAACGGUCGCCAGAUCAAGAAUGUGAUCAAGACAGCCGGUCUCUUGGCUUGGUCGAAGGAACGCGAGCUUCGAUAUGAAGAUCUGAUGACGGUGCUUGCUCUGAGAGAUUUGCAAAAGUAA